AUGCCCCAGGAGACGGUACCUCAGAAAGCCCCAGGAGACGGUACCUCAGAAAGCUCCAGGAGACGGUACAUCAGAAAGCCCCAGGAGACAGUACCUCAGAAAGCUCCAGGAGACGGUACCUCAGAAAGCCCCAGGAGACGGUACCUCAGAAAGCCCCAGGAGACGGUACCUCAGAAAGCCCCAGGAGACGUUCACAAAUGUAGUCAAACAAACACUGCCUACCAAUCAUCAUCUGGCCACCCACAACAAUCGGAUAUUACUUUCCUUCUUCUCUUUGUUUGUGACCAUUUGAGUGGUCAACCCCGCGGUCUAAAAGUGGAGCCCCGAGGAUCUCGGAUCGGCGCGCUCCUACAGGGGCUCGGAGGCGCGCCCGGGGCUUCCAGAUUUUUGCCCGGUUUCGUCGCAGCGGAGACCGAUGCCUCGAAUCGCCGAGACCGGAGAGGGUCUCAACGGUCUAGAACGCCAGCGACGAGGGGUCGUCUGGCGCCACAGAACACCUUCCUAGACACAAUUGCAAACCGUUUUGAUGGGACCCACAGUAACUUUGUCCUGGGUAACGCCCAGGUGCAGUCGCUCUACCCCAUCGUCUACUGCUCGGACGGCUUCUGCGAGCUGACCGGCUUCGCCCGCGGUGAGCUGAUGCAAAAGAGCUGCAGGUGUCACUUCCUGUAUGGCUCGGACACCAGCGAGAGCCUAAACACUCAGAUCCAAAAGGCUCUGGACGAGCGGCAGGAAUUUAAGACUGAGUGCAUCCUGUACAAGAAGGGGGGAGAGCAGUUCUGGUGUCUGCUGGACAUAGUGCCCAUCAAGAAUGAGAAGGGAGAGGUAGUGCUGUUCCUGGUCUCCCACAAGGACAUCACAGCGACCAGGAAGGACCAGCAGGACCAGGGGGACCAUGGACAAGACUCAGACACUGACGAGGAGACAGGUCUGGAGGUGCACCAGAUCACCCGCCCCCCAGGCUUUGACCACAACCGCCGGCGUAGUCGGGCCGUACUCUACCAGUUGUCUGGCCACUUGCAGAAACAGGACAAGAGCAAGCUCAAGAUCAACAACGUGAGUACACUGUAACACAUGGAGGGACAGUUACAGAAAACAUCUUUGCAGUUAGCUACUGGA